AUGGCUGCUGAAGGAACACCAACAAACGGCCCUACGCCAUCAGAGCGCCAUGCCAUUGGAAUCUCCUUUGGAAACUCCAACAGCUCGAUCGCAUACACCACCAUCGAGGACAAGGCUGAGGUUAUCGCCAAUGAGGAUGGAGACCGUCAAAUUCCAUCUAUCUUGUCAUAUGUCGCCGGCGAGGAAUAUACUGGCCAGCAAGCCAAGGCACAAUUGAUCCGUAACAGCAAGAACACCGUCGCAUACUUCAGAGAUUACUUGGGACAAGAUUUCAAGUCGAUAGAUCCCACCCACAGCCACGCCUCUGCUCACCCCGAAGCUCAUGGGGACACCGUCGCAUUCAAGAUUCACGACAAGGAGGGAGAGGAGGAGUCCACGGUUACCAUCUCAGAGGUUGCCACUCGUCACUUCCGUCGGCUCAUCCAAUCUGCCUCCGACUAUACAGGAAAGCAAGUCAACUCGGCCGUUAUCACAAUCCCCACCAACUUCAGCGAGAAGCAGAAGGCUGCUCUGACAAAAGCUGCCACCGAUGCUGGACUCGAGGUUCUCCAACUCAUUCACGAGCCCACUGCUGCCAUUCUCGCGUACGAUGCCCGCCCAGAAUCGAAGAUUUCCGACAAGAUUGUGGUCGUUGCCGACUUGGGAGGAACCCGAUCAGAUGUAGCCGUUGUUGCUUCUCGGGGAGGGAUGUAUACCAUCUUAGCAACCGCCCACGACUACGAUACCGCUGGUGUACACUUGGACAAAGUUCUGCAAGACCAUUUCGCCAAGGAGUUCAUCAAGUGGAAUACUACUGAUCCCCGGGAGAACGCUCGCAGCCUGGCCAAGCUGAAGUUGGAAGCCGAGGCCACGAAGAGAGCCCUCAGUAUCGGAACCAACGCCAACUUCAGUGUCGAGAGUUUAGCGGAAGGAGCCGAUUUCUCAUCCACCAUCAACAGGCUGCGUUAUGAGACCAUUGCCCGCAAGGUCUUUGAUGGUUUUAACCGCCUUAUCGAGGGUGUCGUGGAGAAGGCUGGUCUUGACGUUUUGGACAUUGACGAAGUUAUACUUUCUGGUGGAACUUCCCACACUCCCAAGAUUGCCUCGAACAUGGCCAACAUCUUCCCGUCGACUACCACCAUUCUCGCUCCAUCUACCACACCUAGUGCCAUUAACCCAGCUGAGCUCCAAGCACGAGGAGCUGCUCUCCAAGCCAGUCUUAUCCAAGAAUACGAAAAGGAGGAUAUCGAUCAAUCUACUCACGCCGCAGUUACUACCGUCAAGCACCUUAGCAACGCGAUCGGUGUCUUGGCUAUCACCGAGGAUGUCAGCAAAGGUGUCUUUACUCCCAUCAUCUCCGCCGAGACCGCGAUGCCCGCUCGCCGCACGAUCCACAUCAACGCACCCAAGGAAGGUGGAGACGUAUUGAUCAAGGUCGUCGAAGGAGGAUCUUCCAUCAAAGUUUCCAAGGCCGAGCCCAAGCCCAAGGCCGAUAGCGAGAAAGACGGGAGUGACGAUGAUAGCGAUGACGAGAGUGACGAGGAGCCAGAGGAGAUCCGGGAGAAGGUCUGGAAGGUUGGCAAUGUGCUAGCCGAGGCUGCCAUCAAGGGCGUAAAGAAGGGCGGUAAGGUCGAGGUCAUGCUCAACGUUGCGGGUGAUGCGUCAGUCACACUCACUUGUAGAGAAGUUGGCGGGAAAGGAGGUGUGCGGGGUGCAUUUUAA